GUACCAUCAGACCCACUGACCACUCGUCGUUCAUUCAAAACACGUUUUUCACUAUAUUCGUCCUCGUAGUUUUAUGAUUUAGUCCGCGAGACCGUGACUUUGAAGAUUUUUAAAUUAAAAUAAUUUCGAUUAGAAAGUUUAAAGCUGAAAAUUGGUACGAAUAUUUUUUUUUAGUAUUUUUAAAAAAAUAUUUCUGUGUGUGAAUCUGUUCCAAACAUGUGAAAAAUUGCAAGAAAACCGGACAUUCCACAUGUUGCAACUUCGUACAAGAUUUUAUUAAAAUAGAGUGAAAUUUGAAAAAUAUGGAGGAUAACCCUGAAGCUAUGGAAACCAAAGGCGUCUCAAUGACGUGGAAAAACUUGACAGUCAAUGUUGAUAUCAGAACGCAGCAUUUUUUUCGGAGUACCACCCAUACUGUGAAAGAAUUGAUUCAUAAUGUGAAUGGAUACGUGAAAUCGAAUACAUUGAUUGCUAUCAUGGGGGCAAGCGGAUCAGGAAAAAGCACCUUGAUGUCAGUACUGGCAAACAGACAAUCACGAGAAUUUAAAGCAAACGGAGAUAUACGAUUAAAUGGCCAAAAAGUACCACCUGAAUUAAUGAGGACAAUUUCAGGAUUCGUUUACCAAGUUGAUUUAUUCGUUCCUACGUUAACUGUUUUUGAGCAUUUACAUUUGGCGGCACGAUUAAAAUUAGAUAGAAGAACUACCGCCGAAGUUCGUAGAAAAUUAGUAGAUGAAAUAUUAAGGGAUGUUGGUCUGACAAAAUGUGCGAAUCGUUUUAUUGGUACUUCAAGUGAAGAAGAUGGAAAGCUAAAUUUAUCAGGAGGUGAACGAAAACGAUUAUCUGUGGCUACAGAAUUAUUAAUCAAUCCAGCUUUGCUGUUUUGUGACGAACCAACCACAGGUUUAGAUUCGUUCACUGCUUUAAAAGUGAUGACCAUUAUGAAAAAAAUGACUGAACAGAGAGGCAAAACGAUUAUUUGCUCUAUUCAUCAACCUAGUGAGAAAAUAUUGAAUCUGUUUCAUCAAAUAAUAUUGCUAUACGAUGGCAAUGUAGCUUUCAGUGGUACUACCGGAGAUGCUUUGGAAUUUUUUCAAAGUAUUGGUUAUUAUUACAACAAAGAACAAAAUCCGGGAGAUUAUUUGGUAAAAAGUGUAUCAGUCGUUCCAGGAUGCGAAUCAGAAUCCAUCGAUAAAGUUGCCGAGAUUUGUUACAAAUUUGAAAGAAGUCGAUAUGCAAAAUAUGUAUACGAAAGAAUUGAACUGGAAACCAAACAGACAGAAAAGCUCGACAGACUGGAAAAAAUCGAUCAUAUUUCUUGGCUUUUCAAGUUUUACUUAAUCACUUAUCGUGAAGUUCUGAAUUCUAUAAGAGAUUCAUCAAUACAGUACAUUCUUAUCCUGAAAAGAGUAGUAAUCGCUGUACUUAUAGGGGCUAGUUUGAGGAAACCUGAAAUUUUGGAUCAAGCAAGUGUCCAGUCAAUGAAAGGAAUAUUAUUUGUGUGCGGCAAUCAAAAUUUCCUUCCUUCUCUUUACGUUGCAUUAAAUCAUUUUCCAAGAAAAAUGCCAAUGUUUAUGCGAGAGUAUUCGAAUAAUAUGAACACACCAUUGAUUUUCUAUUUGUCAAAUUUCAUUUCUUUGAUUCCAGGAUUAUUGUUCGAUCCAAUUUUAUUUACCGUUAUAGCGUACUCACUAUUGGGGCUACCUAACAAUUGGUUCGCUGUUCUUGUUAUCAUGACAGUCAAUAUAUUAGUUUUUUUUACAUCAGCUUCAUACGGAAUUCUAGUAUCAUUAUUGGCGCCAAAUAACUUGACCAUUGCUGAAACUUUUAUAUUAAUGGUCAGAACAUUUUUCUACAUAUUCUGCGGAGUAGUAAUGAACAUAAGAACAAUUCCAGUCAUAUUUCUAUGGAUACGAUACACUUCAUGGGUCACUUACGCCUUUGAAUGUGUGAUGAUCGUGUAUUUUGAAGACGUUAAAUAUAUUCGGUGCUCGAAAGCAGCAGAUGUGCCUUGUUUGAGAAACGGGCAAGAAGUCUUGAACUCGAUUGGUUUCGAUAGCGAUAAUUUACAGAGGAAUGUGAUUAUAAUGUGUUGUAUUUAUUUAGUCCUGCAUUUACUUAGCUUUAUCACGUUGAGGAUUAAAUUGUAUUUGGGUAGGUAAUUGAUUUGUGGUGUAGUUUUCACAUUAAAGAUUUGUUUUUGUGUUGCUCUCAUUA